GGACUCCUCUCUUACAUCGGAAAACCAACAUGUUGCCGCCUUACGGUGCCUAUUUCCUAUUUCACCGAAAUUAAUCAGUUAUGGUUUUAAACAGAAUUGAUACAAGGUUCUUUAAGCUAGAUGAGAAAAGAGCCCUUCAGGUAGAGUUUCAUCGAAUUGGUUCAAACUCCAAACCAGGUCCAAAGAAGUGGCUCAAGGACGAUCAGUUGUCGGAAAUCAAAAAUUUAUUGCAUGAUAUAAUUAAGCAGUGUGUGAAUGACACAGAGAAGACAGAGAAGAAGACUGAACGAUCCAGUCAGAUUAUCACAGGUAACACAGUGAAAUUAGGCUGUGUGUUCAAGAAGUCCCCUUCACAUGAUGUGCUGCUUGGGGAAGCUAGUGAUGAUGAAUCUCCGUACCGGUCAUUGUAUGGACAGAAGUUGAUUGUGUAUGUAUGUCCUAUAGAGACAGGAAGUCCAAACAACGGAUCAGAGCUGUACAGGGCGAUGGUGCGGGCUGAGAUUGGAAGUACCGGUAAGAUGAUGAAGAUCAGUACUUACUUCAGUAAGGCUGGGGGGAGUGGCACUCAGGGUAGUGGUACAGGUACAGCUCAGACUACCUCCUCCUCCUCCUCCUCCCAGGACCAGAAACAAGUCAUCAGAAACAUAAUGAAACGAGGUAAAAUGGCGAAGCAAAGCAAGAAAGUCGAGUCAUCAGCUAGAAAGAGAGAGGAACAAAUUAAACCCAAACAACAAGAGAACACGUCACAGAACACAAGCGACCACAAACAACAGGACGACACAACACCAGAUGCAAACAUUGCUGGUCACAAGGAAAAAAUGACUUCCACAGAUGACAACAUCACGCAAAGUAUAAACAACCCCCCUACAAGUACUGAAUUUUCUCUAACUUCAGAUGUUAUUGAUAUUACAAGUUAUAAAGGUGACGAUAUGGAAUUUAUGCCAGAUGCAACUGUCAGUAAAUGUAGACAUAAAAAUCAGACAGGCAACUUCGAUGAAAAACAAGAUUCCAUGGCCUCAGAAAACAUCGGAGUUACUCGUGGUGUUAGUUCUCUUGGUACCAUUACUCUUUGUGGUGUUUCUUCGUCUGUUGCUCAGGAUUUCCAACCUUCCGAUGAACAUACAAUUACUGUGUACAGUGCAGAACAGAUACAGGAUCUCAAAUUAGAAGUUAUACCUCCUGCUUGCCACCCAGACCCCUCUGUCAAAGUGAACAGGACUACACCUGUACCUUCUACUUUUAACCCCAGUCCCUCAGAGGAGGGCUUGGAGCUGGGUGACGACUCCAAUGAUAGCAUAUUACCCUCCUACAGUUUUAUAGACCAGAAAACUGAGAGUAGGCCUGAUGACAAUAGUGAUUUAGAGAACAAGAAUUCAGAUGUGGAUAGUGACACACUUUUUGAUCAAUUUAGUGAUACACAUGUUGAUGAUGAUAGCAUUAGAGCAGUUACCAGUGAUUCUGAUUCCUCCAGUGAUGACAAUUUUCCUGUUUUAUCUACGACACAGAGACGGAAAUCUCCCUUUAAAGUGUUGGAAGGGCGAACUAAUGGAUCAACACUAGACGACUCCGUAACCGAUUCAGAUGGUGGUGCUUGUCUGAAGGCUUUGAAGCGUCGAAUGACCAAGAAAAGGAUUUUACCCAACUUUCCAUCUGAAACGAAAUCUGAUGAAGAAAUUCCAAAUAAAAGACUGAAGUACGAUUCAGAAAUAAAAUCUUCAAAAACAAAUAAUGAAACUUUUGAUUCUGAUGUGCAAACACCAGAUACUUUAAAAUCCACAUCAGUUGUUGAAUUGCCGUCAUUGAUGAGAAGUAGGAAUAGCAAAAUGUCUCGUGCACCAAAGGAGUUGAAGCAGGCUACACUGUCAUUUAAGGGUGGGAAUCUAGCCGUCACAAAGACACAAGAUACCCAACCAUGUGUUUCUGAAAAUGAUAGACUUGACUGUAUAAUUAUGGAGGACCAGGCAUCACAGAGGCUCCGAUCAGACCUCCGUCGGGAAGUAAUACAUGCAGAAAGUGUGAAGGAUCUAAAUGAACAGCAUGUGCGGUUCCUUGUUCAGGAAAACAGACGGUACCUAAAAGACAUAUUUGAGGGCAAGAUUCCGUGUGAAAGACAUAAGCUGUACAAGCAAGGUGGCAGAACCAGAAAUCGUUUGAACUACCAGGUAUAUCUGGGUCUUUUCACGGAUGAGCAGCAGGACGUUGUCAUGGAAGCACUUAUGUCCAUAUUUUGUAAGAAGAAUCACGGGUUUCUUGAUUAUGUGAUGAAGGUCAUAUUGCCAGAGGUGCUCAUCAAAAUCUACAUGGAGGUCACAGGGUUAAAUCAUGAGGAGGUUGAUCACAUCAUGGCUAGUGGAGGAAGUUAGAGGAUUAUGUCAUGAGGGUUUGGAGGACAUCAUGGCUAGAGGAGGAAGUUAGAGGAUUAUGUCACGAGGGUUUGGAGGACUUCAUGGCCAGAGGAGGAGUUAAGAACUAAGUCCAAAGGAUGUGGAGGUCUUCAUGUCAACUAAAGUUAGAGGAUUAUGUCACAAGAGGAUAAUGUCACAAGAGGAUAAGGAUAAUGUCACAAGGAUGUGGAGUACUUCAUGUCUACAAGAGUUAAAUGACUAAGUCCAAAGGAUGUGGAGGACUUAAUGGGGAGAAGAGAUUGUUAGAGGAUUAUGUCGAUAUAAUAUGGAGGAGUUCUUGGAUAGAGGAGAAAGAGGAUUAUGUCUAAAGGAUGUGAAGGAUUUAGUGGCUAAUGGAUGUGCAUAGAAAGAGCAUCUGAUAUGUGUGUGUCAUCAACACUGACAGACUUAUUGAUUUUGAAAGGCAGAAUAUAGACAUACAAUGUAGAUAUAUAUUUCAGCGAGUUAUUUGAACCUAGUUGCUUCCAAAAAUUUGUGAUGGAAAACUUAUAUUAUUUUCCUGGUAGAAUUUAGUAUUUUUGCAAAUAAUUUUAAAUAGGUUUGAGAUAUAGUUUUUGACAAGCCACAGGUGGGUUUGGGUUACAGUAUAUAUUUAGUUUUUAAUAUACGUGUUCCACCCCUGGGUUUAGGGUUUUUGCAAUAUUUUGACAUGAUGGAGAGGGUUUAAACUGUUUUUGACAUAGUACAUAGUUGUGUUUGCAGUUAAAAGACAUGUUUUUGUUGUUUACUUGGACUAAUGUGGUGACCUAAUGUUUGAAUUAAAAACCAUCUGUGAUGUAAAUACAUUGAACCAUAAACAGAUUCGAUAUAACUUUAGAAAUUAGUGUACAGGUUACAUACAUCAGUGUUUAUAUGUGUUUUCAGGGAUAUCUUACUGUUCCUGGUUGUUGAUGUUGUAGAAUAUGACAUAUGUAUAACACCUGGUUUGUGUACUUGAGUCUUUGUUUAUCCGAUAUCCGAGGAGUGUUUUGUGUUUAGUUUUGUUUUCUUUCUUUUUAAACUUUGAUACAUGUACAAAUGAUAACAAAUUACUGUUUAUGGGGAAAUAUUCGCCGCAGGUUAACUAAAGCCUUUUUUCGCCCUCGGUAAUGAGGGCAAAUUUAUCAUUAGAGCGAACAUUGAAAAACAUAAUAAUAAACAUAGCCUUAAAAAUGUGAAGGGUGAAUUUAACACUGGGGGUCAAAAUGGAUCGGGCGAAAGUUUGACUGGGCGAAAGUUUGACUAGGCGAAAGUUUACCGGUAAACAUUGUACAUUGUUAAGGGCCUAUCGCACGCUACUGAUGUACCUCGCCGGGACUAAACCGGAGUAAAAUAUUAACAAAGGCAGAGCCCCGUCGAGAAAGCACUUGAAACAUAUUUAAUUUAAGACAGGUUUAAGAAAAUACUACAUGCGUCGGUCAAAUUUUGGGGUACAAAUCAUGUUUUUUGUAAAAUCUGGGGAAAUCACUUUUUGAAAAAAAAAUCAUUCUUCUAAAAGAAACCUGUUCAAAAUGUAGUUUAUA